AUGAGAUUAGAAGAAGAGUUAUAAAAUACAAAACUAUUAAAAGUAUAUUAGAAAGAAAGAACUAUUGAUUUAGAAUAAAAGGACAGUUUAAAAAAAGAUGGAAGAAAUUUAAGAAUAAUUUUGAAGCUUAGAAAUUUAAUGAUGAAUAAAGAAGAAUGA